UGCUCGUUUUCUUGCGACCGAAUUAACGCGCUGUUUGGUCAGUACGCGGUGACGACGGCGACAACGGAGACGUGUGCUUUCUUUACGGUGGUUCCGCAAAAAAAAAACGCGCGCACGGCGUACGAAUUCUUAUCAGUAUCGAAGCGCGAACUGUGCCUAGCGGGCGUGAAGGUUUAGCUGCACUCUACACUACAGGCUAUUGUUGAUCUUCGAUCACCGAGUGAUCUGGGUGUAAGAUCCACAUCGCCUCCCCGAAAAACGCAAAGGCAAUAACCCUACACGCCUGGUAGUGUAGUGGACAUAAUAGCGAAUAUGUCGAACUCGUACGCGACUACAGGCGCACGGCCAACGUCACGAUGGAAGCGGUUUGUAAAGUCGAACCUGCUUACCUUCCUGACCGUGGUCGGAGUGUUCGGUGGUACCGCGCUCGGGCUGCUGCUGAAGAACUCGGCCGAACCCUGGACACAGCGUGAGGUGAUGUAUAUCCAGUAUCCGGGCGAUCUGUUCCUACGGAUGCUGAAGUGUCUGAUAGUACCGCUGCUCGUUUCGUCGAUCACCAGUGCGAUCGGUUCGUUGGAUUUGAGCAUGUCGAAGAAGAUCGCUUUCCGGGCCAUCGUGUACUACUUCACCACGACGAUCUGUGCCGUCGUCUUGGGCAUUAUUCUGGUCAGUACUAUUCGACCCGGAGCGGGCCGCGAGGUGAGCAAUAUUGGCGGCAAAGCCACCACGAGACAGGUGCUUACGGCCGACACGCUGCUAGAUCUCGUAAGAAACUUAUUCCCACCGAAUAUCAUCCAGGCCACGAUGUUCCAGUUCCGAACCAUUCUUGUCCCUCCAGCAAAUGCCACCGGUGUUCCCUUGACGCAGUACAAGAUCACUUCCGAGUUUACCGAGGGCACGAAUGUGCUCGGUUUGGUUAUGUUCAGUGUCGUGCUGGGUACGUGCAUAGGCAAGAUGCGUGAAAAGGGCAAGCCACUGCUCGGACUGUUCGAAACGCUCAGUGAAGCGAUGAUGAUUAUUACCUCGUGGGUCAUCUGGAUCUCCCCGAUCGGUGUACUGUUUCUGGUAGCGGCCAAACUGCUGGAGAUGGCAUCCUUCGUCGAGGUAUUGGGACAGCUGGGAUGGUACUUUAUGACUGUGAUGCUGGGACUAAUACUGCACGGUUUCGGUACAAUUUCGGUAAUCUUCUUCCUAACCACGCGCAAAAUGGCGUUCCCGUUCAUUGCCAAGAUGAGCCAGGUUCUGGCAACCGCAUUCGGAACCGGUUCCAGCUCGGCCACGAUGCCCAUCACGAUCCGCUGUCUCGACAAUAUGGGUAUUGAUCCGCGUGUGACACGAUUUGUCAUUCCCGUUGGAGCCACGAUCAACAUGGAUGGUACGGCACUGUAUGAAGCCGUCGCUGCUCUAUUCAUUGCUCAACUACGUAAUAUUCAUCUGACCUUUGGUCAUAUCGUUGCUGUGAGUGUGACAGCUACGGCUGCCUCCAUCGGUGCGGCUGGUAUUCCGCAAGCCGGUCUUAUAACGAUGGUAAUGGUGCUGGACACCGUAGGAUUGCCGGCCGAGGAUGUCACCAUCAUCAUUGCCGUUGAUUGGCUCCUCGAUCGAUUCCGUACGACUAUUAACGUUAUGUGCGACGCCCUAGGAACGAUUCUCGUCAACUCCCUAUCGAAAAAAGAUCUAUCCGGUGAAGCCAACGGCCAUCUGGAACUGGCUGAACCACACGAGCUGGUAGAAUUGCGACCCGAUCAGAAGGAAUAAGCGUUCCCAGUCCUCACCCAUGGGUCAACUGCGGACCGCAGAACAACAUCUCAACUUCAUCCAUUUUGCCCAUACUUUUGAACGCGUUCUGCAUUUGGGGCAUAGUUGCCGUGUUUUUGUACCGCGAAUUAUACGUAAAAUACGUAAUUAUAGUUUCGGACAUAUCUUACACACGAUCGAAUUGACGGCAAACGAUCCUUCUAGAGGCAGACAGAGCAGAGGCCACCAUUCAUUUAUCUAUUCAUCGACGCUGGUCUGUGAGAAUGUUCGGGGACAUUGGCAGCACAGGAAUGAAGGGAAUAUCAUCCAUACACCGAUUGCAGUUUGUAACCCUGAACAUCUCGUGGUACUUGAUUGUGAGUACUACUGCCAGACUGUGGUGCCCAGCCAUGGUGGUACCCAAACCAUGGCCUAGAAUGCUCAAUAAUGUUGACAUAUUUAGCGAAAAUGAGUACCACACUGCCCAUUUUUCAUUCAUUCUAUAUCUCGCUGUUUCUCCACACGUUCUAAUCAGUAACGAAACCAAAACAUCCUAAGCCAGCGUUAGUGCCAUGGAACAAUAGAACGCGACAAUAGGCAAAUAUAUAGUAGGAAUUACUAAUAAUUGGAAGAGAAGCGGCGCGGCGUCGUGUUAGGGAAAUCAUUUCAUCGAUUGUUUACAGGUUAAAUUAAUAGUGUAAGCAACACAAAACAUAACAGUAUCUACGUAAGAGAGGGUGCAAAGCACGUUCGACUUUGCCGAAGCAUUAGGAACAGACUCGUGGUAGGCACAAGCAAAAGACUAGGACCAGAAUACAGGAUACAGAUAUACUAUACGGAAUAGAACCAGCCGUACCGGACACAAAUCGUCUUGCUCCCUAUAUGCCCCCACUUCCAGGUUAGCGCCGAACAUCGAUGUUAUAUGUUUCCAUAUCAUAUCGAUGUUUAAUACUCAACUAGACUACUUACCCGGAAUAUACUGCACACUAUACUAUUGAUAUCACUCGCUGGCUCCCUUGUUACACCGGGAUGAAGUUUCCAUACACUGCGAACUUGUGGCGCUCGUGUACAGUGCGUGUCGAACUAAGCGUAUACGGAAAUGUUGAUCCUCCUUCCUUCUUGUUCUUUUUUUCUUGAUUUCCGGUGCAUUUUAAUUACGUGUAGACCACUUCAUACUCGGUAAGAGUUAUAGUGAGCGGGAGGGAGAAAAGGAUAUCUUUUUGCUAGGGUCCACUUCCUUUUUGCCGGUACCAUUUUCAGUUCAAUGCAAUCUGACUUGUGCGCAUACGAAAGGCUUCUUACCAGAUUAGGCACGUAACCUAGGGUUUUUAGUAUAACUUUCGAAGUCAAACGCGAUGCGUGCUGCGUGAGUAAAUGAGUGUUUGUAUAUUUCAAAAUACUUACAAAUAUAUUUUAAUGAUUCACCUUU